ACCCCAAUUCAAAGAAAGAUCAAAACUUUACAUCAAUGGCAACUCCAUUGAUCACAUUACAUAUUACAUAUAUAUAACUAUAUAUAUCUAUACAUAUUAAAUAUCAAAUUCACAUUUUCAUAGCUUCUUCCGCCAUGGCUGCAACAGGGGUGAGCUCAAGAUCCUUUAUUAAUGCACGAUAUUCAAAUCUAAAGGAUACCCAUUUGAGUUCGACCCUUUCUAAGAAAACCCUUUUGGGAUUUAAGUAUAAUAUUGACCCGAAAUGUGGUAAUUUGUUGGUUCAAGAAAGUGGUCGGAGAAACAGAUUGGCGGCGGCGGCAACUCCGGCGAGAAAGAAAGUGGAGGUGGUGAAGUGUACCGCGGAGGGGUUAGAGAGAGGGAUAUUUGGAGGGCAAAAAGGUAAAUUUGUUAUUCCGGAAAGAAUAAAGGUGGUGGGAUUAAUGGCAUGUGUGAUGUGUCUGUGUAAUGCUGAUAGAGUUGUUAUGUCUGUUGCUAUUGUUCCUCUUGCUGCUAAACAUGGUUGGAGUAGUUCUUUUUUGGGUAUUGUUCAGUCCUCGUUUCUAUGGGGAUACAUUUUUUCAUCUGUUAUCGGAGGAGCCUUGGUUGACAAAUAUGGAGGAAAACGAGUGAUAGCUUGGGGUGUAGCAUUGUGGUCUUUGGCAACACUUCUUACUCCAUGGGCUGCUAAUCAUUCCACAACGAGCCUUUUAGCCGUUCGUGCUUUCUUUGGUCUUGCAGAAGGAGUUGCUCUUCCUUCAAUGAACAUUCUUUUAUCGAGGUGGUUUCCAUGUAACGAACGAGCAACCGCUGUUGGUUUAUCUAUGGGUGGAUUUCACCUUGGUAAUGUGGUAGGAUUGGUACUAACACCUCUAGUGAUGUCAUCGGUUGGACUUUCUGGUCCAUUCAUUCUUUUUGCAUCUCUUGGUCUUUUAUGGCUAUCAACAUGGACUCUUCGGGUUACAAAUGAUCCACAAGAAAGUCCUUCAAUUAGUCAUUCCGAAUUGAGAUUAAUUCAAGCAGGGAAGUCAAAUGCUCCUCCUCUGAAGAAGGGAGAACUUCCUCCUCUACGCCUUCUGUUAUCGAAAAUGCCCACAUGGGCCAUUAUAUUUGCUAACGUUACCAACAACUGGGGAUACUUUGUUCUCCUCUCGUGGAUGCCCGUUUAUUUUAAAACUGUAUUUAACGUCAACUUAAAGCAAGCAGCGUGGUUUAGUGCAGUCCCAUGGGGAACAAUGGCAUUCUCAGGGUAUGUUGCAGGUGCUGCUUCUGAUUAUUUAAUCAAAGAAGGAUACUCGUUGACCUUUGUUCGUAAAGUCAUGCAGUCAAUUGGCUUCAUUGGGCCUGGAGUGGCUUUGCUUUGCUUAAACUAUGCCAAGACACCAGUGGUUGCGUCUGUGUACAUUACAAUCGCACUCAGCUUGAGCUCCUUUAGUCAAGCUGGAUUCCUGUUAAAUAUGCAAGACAUCGCACCCCAGUAUGCAGGAUUUAUCCAUGGAAUAUCAAACUCUGCCGGGACGUUGGCUGCAAUAAUCAGCACAAUCGGGACAGGUUACUUUGUGCAAUGGCUAGGAUCAUUCCAAGCUUUCUUAACCGUCACAGCUGGGCUAUAUUUUGUCACAGCCAUAUUUUGGAACCUUUUUGCAACGGGGGAACGGGUAUUUUAGAUUUCAUCAGUGUCCUAUUAUAUAUUUUAAUAGGAAAUGUCAAAUAUAGUGAUUCUUUCAAAGUUAUAAUUUGUUCAAUCUUUGUGCAAGAAUAUAAAAUAGCAUAGUUGGAACUUGUAAAGAGUAUUUUUUGGUUUUUGUAUCAUUUAUAUAUGGUAUGGCGUAACUGAUGUAUAGUGAAUCAACCAGCUUGCAAUGAUAGCUUCGGCAUCUCAGUCUCCUGUUUAUCGAA